GUGUCACUUCCAGGAAACAAGAUCAGUUCUCAACGAGAGCAGAAAUGGCGCAUAAAGGAGUUCAGCUGGACCAAGAGGCAUUUUCCUGUUCGAUCUGUUUGGAUCUACUGAAGGAUCCAGUGACUAUUCCCUGUGGACACAGCUACUGUAUGAGCUGUAUUAAAAACCACUGGGAUGAAGAAGAUAUGAAGAACAUCCACAGCUGCCCUCAGUGCAGACAGACCUCCACGGCCAGGCCUGUCCUGGUAAAAAACACCAUGUUGGCAGAUUUAGUGGAACAGCUGAAGAAGACUGGACUUGAACCUGCUGCUGCUGAUCACUGCUACACUGGAGCUGAAGAUGUGGUCUGUGAUGUGUGCACUGGGAGGAAACUGAAAGCUGUCAAGUCCUGUCUGGUGUGUUUGGUCUCCUACUGCCACGAACACCUUCAGCCUCAUUAUGAUGUACCUCAGUUAAAGAAACACAAGCUGGUGGAUCCGUCGGAGAAGCUCCAGGAGAACGUCUGCUCUCGUCAUGAUGAGGUGAUGAAGAUGUUCUGCCGCACUGAUCAUCAGUGUAUCUGUUAUCUGUGCUCUGUGGAUGAACAUAAAGGCCACGACACAGUUUCAUCUGCAGCAGAAAGGACUGAGAGGCAGACAGAGCUGAAGGUGAGUCGACAGAAAAUCCAGCAGAGAAUCAAAGACAAACAGAAAGAUGUGAAGGUUCUUCAACAGGAAGCAGAGGCCAUCAGUCGCUGUGCUGAUGAAGCAGUGGAGAAGAACAACAAGAUCCUCACAGAGCUGAUCCAACUGAUGGAGGAAAGAAGGCGUGAUGUGGAGAAGCAGAUCAGAUCCAAGGAGGAAACUGAAGUGAGUCGAGUCAAAGAGCUGGAGUCGAAGCUGGAGCAGGAGAUCACUGAGCUGAGGAGGAAAGAUGCUGAGAUGGACAAACUGUCACACACACACGACCACAACCAGUUUUUACUCCAGUAUCCAUCAGUGUCCAAACUCAGUGAAGAUUCAGACUCAUCCCACGUCCAUAUCCGUCCUUGGAGUUACUUUAAGGAUGUGACGACAGCUGUGUCAGAGCUCAGAGAUAAACUACAGCACAGUCUAAGAGAAGGAUGGACCAACAUCUCACUGAGAAUCACUCAACAAUAUGCUUUACUGAUUAAAGCUGAACCACAGACCAGAGCAGAAUUCUUACAAUAUUCUCGUGAAAUCACACUGGAUCCAAACACAGUGAAUGAAUAUCUGUCACUGUCUGAGGAGAAUAAAAAAGCAACAUGUACAAAUCGACAACGGAAAUAUUCUCCUCAUCCAAACAGAUUCAUGAAAGAGCAGCAGGUCCUGAGCACAGAGAGUCUGAGCGGUCGUCUUUACUGGGAGGUGGAGUGGAGUGGACAGAAUGUCUGUGUCGCAGUCACAUACAAGAAUAUUAAGACGGAACAAAACGCUUCAUUCGGUCUCAACGACAAAUCCUGGGCCUUGUACCUUAACUGCAGCCAUUAUUCAUUUUGGCACGGUGGUCUAGGUGCUCCUGUCCCAGGUCCAGUUUCGUCCAGGAUCGGAGUGUACCUGGAUCACACAGCAGGUAUUCUGUCCUUCUACAGCGUCUCUGAAACCAUGACUCUGAUCCACAGAGUCCAGACCACAUUCACUGAACCUCUGUACGCUGGAGUUUGGCUCGAUACAGGAGACAGCACACGCUUCUCUGAACUCAGCCUUUGUCCAUGAGGUCUUUGUUCCUUUUGUUUCUUUUACUGAAGUGAUUUAUCACCAUUUAUUUUAAUAUUAUCCCCCUGAGACCCAGGAAAGUAAAAGACUUUUUUACAUUAAAUAACUGCCUUGAUUGGAAACAUAAUGCAACAGUUUUUUCCAACAUGAUAUCAUGACUCACGUAAAUAUACACACCACUUUUAAUUGGCUUGUUAUCUGUACGCAUUAGAAGCUUUCUGUGUGUAUGUUCAUGCUGUUUUUAGGCCCCUGUCCAAUCUAAUCAAUGCAUCAAAUACCGCUUACUGAGGGUUAGGGUUAUGUGAACCAGAGAUCUAAAUUGACACGCAAUCAAAUGGCGUUGAAUAACACGUAAAAAUGCAUAUGUAUAGCACACCAAAUGCUAUAAGACCUGGCGUCACAUACAGUGCCAUUUCAUGACAUCAGUCUAAUUUUUUCAGAUACAUUUUCUUUUUUUUUAAUGGAAUGUAUUUUGCAGUGGACAUUGUUUUUGCAUUUUAUUUUAUUUUUUUUAGUAAAGUUGUGAAACUUGUCCACUGUGGAAGACAAAAAUGCAUUGCUGGGUCCCAGGAGGAUAUGUUAUGUAAUGUGCAUUUUUAAGUGUAAAUCACGCAUUUUCCUAUAUUCAGUUUACUGAUUAUGUAGCUCAGGGAUGUCAGACAAACAGCCCGUGGGCUUAAACCGGCCUCUGAAGAGUCCAGUCCCUCCCAUGAAAUGUAAAAAUUUCACUAUUAACAAUCAAUGAUGUCAAAAUCAUUUUAGUUCAGGUUCCACAUUCAGACCAAUAUGAUCUCAAGUGGAUCAGAUCCAUAAA